AUGAAUGAUAUAGCAAACUAUCAUAGAGGAAAUACAUUGAGAAAGUUGAAGAAAAUUAAAAUGGCAACAGCAGACAUUAUAUCCCUGGUAAAAAAUAAUUUACUCUAUUUCCAAAUGUGGACGGAAGUGGAAGUUUUACCGGACGUUUUACCAUGGAAGGGAAACAGCUUGAAUUUACUUAGAGGUCGUCCUCCUCACAAGUUGAGCAAUGAUACAGACACAGAAGAUGAAGAUAGCUCGUCAUCGGCACAACCAACAGAGUUUAUAUUACCUAUCAAUAUGUCACAGUACAGAGAGAAUUUCCUCACUUUGGAAUGCUUGAGCAAGGUUUUUACCCACUUACGCAGUCCAUCUACUGAGAGAGUACUGCUGGCCAUAAUUAACGAUGAUGGUACAAUUGUUUACUACUUCAUUUAUAAAGGAGUACGAAAACCGAAAAGAAAUUGA